CGUAAGGGAUGUAGGAUAAAGAAGAAAAUUACUUCCAUUUAUAUUGCAAAUCAUCCACGUUAUUCAAUCUACUCAGACAAUCAGGCCUAUAAUUUUCCAUGGCCACUGCAGACAGAAUGUUGUGUUAACUCUAGUCUAGGGGCACGAGAAUCCGUGACCAUGGAGACCUGUAAACAAACACAAAGUGGUUGAAGGAAUGGCCGCAAAAAAUGAAACAGCGCAAGAAUCUGUCGAUGGGCCAUAUUACCUCGAAAACGUGUCAAUACCAGAUGACUCAGAAGACGAUUAUCAGUAUGAGGAAGUUCUGGCCGAUGGAGAAAGUAGCAUGGCGGAGGAGGAGGAGGAUUUGGAGACCGCAGUGAGAGCAUUGCGCGAGUCCUCAAAUGAAUUUGGGUCCGUAUUACAGAAGCUUAGCUCAGCUAAACAACCCAUCUCUCACAUUCCAGAAGUGGUUGAUGAUUUUCUCCGCAACUUUCUCGUCAAAAUGGGGAUGACUAGAACUCUGGAUUGCUUUCAAGCAGAGUGGUACGAAAUGUUGCAGAGGGGGUUGUUGAAACCCGAGCUUGUGGAGUUCGUGCCAGACGCAUAUACUCACAACCAACUUCUCGACAACGAACUGAAGAAUGUCCAGAGAGAACGAGACAGCUACAGAAAGGCAUCUUUAAAAGCUGCUGACACAAUGAUAAAGCUUCAGAAAGAAAGGGAUUUCCAUCGUCUGCAACACAAGCGUGUUGUCCAAGAGAAGAACAGGCUUGUUGAAGACAUCAAACGACUUAAGAAGCACUAUGAGUCCUAUGAGCCUGCACUGAAGCAGCUGAGUGAUAAGUACCAAGUGGCGUUGAAACAGAAGAUGCUCAUUAGUUUAGAGAGGGACAGGGCUUAUGGCCAGGCCAACAGCCUGGAAGCCACCCUCCGUAAUGCCCAAACAUCACCUCCAAUCCUUUCGGCCAACAGAGACACAGGUCUGCCCCCAAAACAGGACAAGACACAAAGUAAGUCUGGGAAAGGAGGCCGGCUACAGAAUGAUGGAAUUGCCUUCUAUGACCAAGACAACAACCCAACCAAAUCUACAGCUCAGAAACACCUGAAAGACUCAGAGUUUCCCAUGAGCAGCCAUGUGAACCCCUACUUAGGCCGAAUAAAAGCUCUGGGUUCUCAGAGCACCAAAUCAUCUGGAUUCCAACUCACCAAUUCAGUGAAAGCCCAUAAUCUGCCAAUUAGUUGCCUAGCACUGCAUCCCCGCAAGUUUAUAGUGGCCUCCUCUAGUGAUGACCAGCUCUGGAGGUUGUGGGGUAUGCCUGUGGGGGAAAUGAUCAUGACAGGUGAGGGUCAUAGUGAUUGGCUCUCUGGGUGCAGCUUCCAUCCAACAGGUGGAAGCCUGGCCACCACCAGUGGAGACACUACGGUAAGGAUAUGGGAUUUCUCCCAAGGCCGCUGCAUCCUGACUCUUGAUGGCCACACCCAUGCCACGUGGGGCUGCUCCUUCCACACAUGCGGUGACUUUGUGGCUUCCUGCUCCAUGGACAACACUACGAAGGUCUGGGACCUGCAGAGCGAGCGCUGUCGUAACACACUGCGUGGCCACGUCGACUCCGUCAACAGUGUUACUUUCUUGCCCUUUUCCAACACUCUUCUUACUUGCUCUGCUGAUAAAACGCUGUCUUUGUGGGAUGCCAGGAUUGGAUUGUGUGCACAGACCUUCUAUGGACACCAGCACUCCUGCAACCAUGCCACCUUUAAUCCACUGGGCGACACUGUUGCCUCUUGUGAUUCAUACGGAGUGGUUAAACUAUGGGAUGUGAGGAAAAUAGCUGCCAUGAUAACCAUGGACACUGGACCCGAUCCUAGCAAUCAAGUAGCCUUUAGCCCAUCAGGCCGCACACUUGCUAUUGCUAGUAAUGAUGGCUCUGUGAAGCUGGUGGAGCUGGCAUCUACUCAGGUGUCCAGUUUACUGGGGCAUGAUGACGCUGUCCAGAGUGUAAUCUUUGAUCACAAGGGGGAGUACUUAUUAUCAGCCGGAUCUGAUGGUUCCAUUCUCCUUUGGUCAUAAAUAUUUAUAAUUACUUGUGCAGAUAAUUAAACUGGAAAUAUUGUUUUUAUUGCUGACAUGUUACAUUGAUUAUUACA